UUCUCUUCGUCAAACUCUAUCUGCGUCUGCCGUAGCAAUUCUAGAGAGAGAGAAAGAGAGAGCAAAGCUAAAAGAGAUGUUUCCGAAGCUUAUCACCUUCUUCAUGGUUGCUCUCAUCCUCUUCUCCACCAUAUCCCAUGCUGCGUCCCGACCCGAACCUGCUUUCCGUGAAGUCGAUUCUCAGCACGAGGGUGUUGAAAAUGAGAAGGCUAUGGAGAUCGAUGACUCAUGUGAGGGAAUUGGAGAAGAUGAAUGCUUGAUGAGAAGGACACUUGCAGCUCACAUUGAUUACCUCUACACCCAGAAACAGAAGCAUUAAUAGAUAUAUACUCUAGGAAAAUAAAUUUGUGGUACACUUUUUUUUCUAUAUUUUUUACUUUUCAUAUAUACAAAAUAUAGAGUUUCACUGGUUCGUCUAUAUCAGAAUCUGUUCACUGAGAUUUUACUAGAGCAAGUAUAUUUUCUCCGCUUUUCGUCAGGCGCUAUUGGAUCUGGGGAAGUCUGUAAUACAUUCAUAUACGUGAUACCUGUCACAUUUUGAAGGUCUCACACGUAUGAGUUUCGCAUGUAUCGGUUCAUGAAAAAUUAAUGGUAUUACAUAUAUGUUUGUAUUAUCGAA